CUUUCCAAGUUCCAUUCCAGCGCAACCGACGAGCCAGAGGCGGAGCUGCCCAGGCACAGGCAGCACAGCAGCAGCCGGUGGCCACCCCUCCCACAGCAGUAAACAAAUCCGCUCCGUCGUCGCCACGCUUCCCUUCGUCAACACCCGCGACCUCGCCCCGCCCCCGCCGCCUCGGUCCGACCGGAGGCCCCCAUCCCCAAUUCCUCGCCGCCUCCGCCGCCCAAGCUCCUCCGCGCGCUUCCAUCCAAAUCCCGCGCCCGCGAUUCGGCAGGCCAGGCCAGGCCCCCUUCCUGGUUAGUUGGCUGAGGCGCCCCUCUCCUGCGUUCUUGAGGAAUUCUUUGACCGGAUUCGAUACGGUCUCCAGCCUCGCCGUCUUCCCACCGAGCUUCCUCCGCCCCGGUCAAAGUUUGCGGCCGGCCUUUUCCAGCGAGUUCCGUCCCGGCCUUUCGGCUUUCGUCACAGCCCCGCCGCGCCUGCUCCACCUUGCUGCCAAAGAGGCGGUUCUUGGCUCAUCUCUGCUGCUCCCCGAUAUACUUUGCCAGUUGCCACGCACCGAUUCCGCGCCCCCGAUAAGGAAUUCUGGUUGUUGGGCUUGCGGUGCAGUUCCUCAAGAAUCAAGAUUCCUAAUUUGGGCUGCGUGCAAAGAUGGCGUCCAGCGCCGGUGAUCUGCCCGAGGUGAAAUUCAAGAGGACCGGGAGCCUGGGGAGCAGCGACUACGUGCGAGCAGACAAGAUCGACCUCACCAGCCUCGACAUCCAGCUAGAGCAGCAGCUCAACAAGAAAUGGGGCAAGACCAACAUCAAGCCCCAGGGACCCAAGGCGGACUGGGAGAUUGACCUUGCUAAGCUGGAGAUCCGGCAUGUCAUCGCCCAGGGCACGUAUGGAACCGUCUACCGCGGCACCUAUGAUGGCCAGCAGGUCGCAGUGAAGCUUUUGGAUUGGGGAGAAGAUGGUUUUGCCACAGAAGCCGAAACUACUGCUUUGCGAACAUCAUUUAAGCAGGAGGUUGCUGUUUGGCAUAAGCUCAGCCAUCCUAACGUUACAAGGUUUAUUGGUGCGUCUAUGGGGACCACCGACCUCAAGAUACCGGUCAAUGACAACGGCGCGCGUGCCAACUUGCCAGCUAGAGCAUGUUGUGUUGUGGUAGAGUAUCUCGCUGGAGGCACUUUGAAGCAGUAUCUGAUAAAGAACAGACGGCGGAAGCUCGCCUACAAAGUCGUGGUUCAGCUUGCAUUGGAUCUGUCCAGAGGAUUGAGCUAUCUACACUCUAGAAAGAUUGUACAUCGGGACGUGAAAACUGAAAAUAUGCUGCUUGAUACACAGCGUAACCUUAAGAUUGCUGAUUUUGGCGUUGCACGUGUGGAGGCUCAGAAUCCGAAGGAUAUGACUGGUGCGACAGGCACACUUGGUUAUAUGGCCCCAGAGGUUCUUGAUGGUAAACCAUACAACAGGAAAUGUGAUGUUUACAGUUUUGGCAUUUGCUUGUGGGAAAUCUAUUGCUGUGACAUGCCAUACCCAGACCUAAGUUUUGCCGAUGUCUCUUCUGCUGUCGUUCACCAGAAUUUGCGGCCAGACAUACCCCGUUGCUGUCCAAGUGCAUUUGCGAACAUUAUGCGUAAAUGCUGGGAUGGAAAUCCUGAUAAGCGCCCCGAUAUGGACGAGGUGGUGCAGCUCAUGGAGGCCCUCGACACAAGCAAAGGCGGCGGUAUGAUACCGGAUGGCCAGUCGUCCGGAUGCUUGUGUUUCACCAGGGCCCGUGGCCCGUAGAUACUUUGCAAGCACCCUCCUCCCUCUGGCUAUGUGUUACCACUUGACGUGACCGGGAGCUCCACAGCUUGCUUCCCGCUGUCGCUUGUGCAGAGGCUGCUUGCAGCCCUCCAAGUGGGCUUGCCGUUUCUGCGGUGUUGUGUUGGUUGCAGCUCUGGUAUGAUCACUGUGGUCAGUGCACUUCCUUCGUAUAGCAGUCUGUUGUUGUAAUGGUACGUUGUACUUCUACUAUGAGGUUACACAUAGAGGUCUCUAUCUCAUUCUUGGAGCUGCCGCCGCCUUUCCUGCGUUCAUUUGGCCGCGGCGGCGGUACGUCUUGGAUACCGCGUCAUGUUUCGGAACCUUUCUCGCUGUGUAUAUUAUACCCAGACUCGAAAUGAGUACAAUAAAAGUGCAUAAAUAUACUUGUGUUGA